UGUUUGUACUGCUGAACUGAACACGUCCCUUUUCCAAUGAUUAUUUUUGGCUCAUAAGGGAAGAGAAAACAGUUUAGAAGAUAGCAGAAAAAGUCAACAAGAUGCCCAGUGAAAGAGUUCAGAGUAACUUUGGGCCAGAUGCCCAAAUUUCUGGGGAAAGCAAAAACAAGGGGCAGAGCUCUCCUUGCAACUCCUUACAUAGAGCUGUGGCUACGGCUGUGACCUUCGAGGGAGAAGCAAGCACUGAAAAAGGGAAAAAGAGGAAGAAAGAGUCCAGGCCAGAAUCAAUCAUCGUUUAUAGGUCAGGGACGGAAAACAAGGUGGAAGAAGAACAAGCAGAGGAGGAUGGGGGUGAGAAAAGUUCCAAGGAAGGCUCCACAUUUUUGGGACACACUCUAGGAGAUGGUUCAUGGGCUAUGCCUUUAGAUAGCAGGUAUGUUACUUUAACUGGAACCAUCACAAGAGGAAAGAAGAAAGGACAGAUGGUAGACAUCCAUGUCACACUCACCGACAAAGAGCUACAAGAACUGGCUCGGUCAAAGGAGCUUCCAAAAACCGAAAUGCCUGAAAGGAAGAAGGCUUGUGAAGUCGGGAUGGAUAAAGGCCCCCACAUUCUUCUCUGGAGCCUUGCCUGCCUGCCUAUUAUCUUCAUUAUGUCCUUUAUUGUUUCCUUUUACUAUGGGACCAUUACUUGGUACAAUGUCUUCUUGGUGUACAAUGAAGAGAGGACCUUUUGGCACAAGAUCACUUUCUGCCCAUUUCUAAUUAUCUUCUAUCCUAUCUUCAUCAUGGUGGUUUCUUUCUCUCUGGGCGUUUACACAGCAAUAACUCAAGUCUCCUGGGCCUUUGGAGAUUGGUGGCAUGCGGUGAGGGAUAUGGAGAAAGGAUUUUGUGGCUGGCUUUGCAGCAAAGUGGGCCUGGAAGAUUGUUCUCCAUAUAGCAUUGUGGAGUUGCUAGAUUCAGAUAAUGUCUCAGGGAGUCUGUCAGCCAAAGGUUCAACACAGGGUGAAGAGGUUUCGUCUGUCUGAGUCUUUGCUUAGGAUAUUAUGAAUAUACAUAAACUGAUUGUUUGAAGUAUACACAAAAACUCUGAUCCCAACUGGAGUGUUUAGAAAUAAGACCACACAUUGGUCAUUUCUGCAUGAAAUAUGAAUAUUUCAACAUGAAAUAUUUGUUUCAAUUUCUGUGGGAAAUGAUCUUUCUUUUUUUUAGAAAGCAGGCAUGUCCUGUUGAAAGAUUCUAGCCCAGCUGCAUUUUCUAUGCCUUGCUAAUAUUUAAC